AUGUCCAACAGGAAUCCCAUGGAGGAGUACAUGCGGCGCUUGCAAGCCGUGGCCAACUCUGGCCGUGGUGGUUUCCCUGGUGGCAAGCCCCCGCGUGGCUCCGGCGUUGCACUCACCGGAGCUGUUGCCCUCCUGGCCGGCGGCUGGUUCCUCAGCAACGCCCUCUUCAACGUUGAUGGUGGCCACAGAGCGAUCAAGUACAGGCGCAUAAAUGGUGUCAGCAAGGAGAUCUACUCCGAGGGAACACAUUUGAUGAUCCCGUGGUUUGAGACGCCAAUCACCUACGAUAUCCGAGCCAAGCCCCGCAAUGUCUCCUCGCUCACUGGAACAAAGGACCUGCAGAUGGUGAACAUCACCUGCCGUGUCCUGUCCAGACCAGACGUCAAGUCCCUGCCCCAGAUUUACCGAACCCUCGGUCAAGACUAUGACGAGCGUGUCCUUCCCUCCAUCGUCAACGAGGUGCUCAAGAGCGUGGUGGCCCAGUUCAAUGCGAGCCAGCUCAUCACACAGAGAGAAAUGGUCGCGAGGCUGGUGCGCGACAACCUGUCCAGGAGAGCGCAACGAUUUAACAUUCUGCUGGACGAUGUGUCAUUGACCCACCUCGCAUUCUCGCCCGAGUUCACAGCCGCCGUGGAGGCCAAACAGGUGGCACAGCAGGAUGCGCAGCGCGCGGCCUUUAUCGUGGACAAGGCUCGCCAGGAGAAGCAGGCAAUGGUGGUCAGGGCUCAGGGUGAGGCACGCUCUGCGGAGCUGAUCGGCGAGGCGAUCAAGAAGAACAAGGCCUACGUGGAGUUGAAGAAGCUGGAGAAUGCGAGGGCCAUCGCCCAAUUCAUGCAGGACAGCGGUGGAAAGAACCGGCUGCUCCUGGACGCGGAGGGACUGGGCCUCAACGUGUUUGAGAAGACUGACGCAGACAAGAAAUGA